UUCCGCCACCCACCCGGUAUUUGUAGGCAAGCACAGACAGUUAACUUACUACUGCUUAGGAAAAGGUGAUAGCGCGAGAAUAGACUAUUAUUAAUAUAAAUACAAUUAUAAACAAUUUCAGUGGUCUUAGAACUUGUUCUUUAAGGUGUACUUUAAUUUAACGAGUCGUUAAUUGGCGUUUUAGGUGAAUUGUAGUAAAUCUUUUUUUUGUUUUGUUAUUAAGGCAUGGCCGACAUCGACAAGCUCAACAUAGACAGCAUCAUUCAGCGACUCCUGGAAGUGAGAGGAUCAAAGCCUGGUAAGAAUGUUCAACUGCAGGAGAAUGAGAUUCGUGGCCUGUGUCUGAAAUCCCGCGAGAUCUUCCUCAGCCAGCCCAUCCUGCUAGAGCUAGAGGCCCCACUAAAGAUCUGUGGUGACAUCCACGGGCAGUACUACGACCUGCUGCGGCUGUUUGAGUAUGGUGGCUACCCUCCCGAGAGUAACUACCUGUUCCUGGGGGACUACGUGGACCGAGGGAAACAGUCCCUGGAGACCAUCUGUCUUCUGCUUGCCUACAAGAUCAAAUACCCUGAGAACUUCUUCCUGCUCCGUGGCAACCAUGAAUGCGCCUCCAUCAACCGCAUCUAUGGCUUCUAUGAUGAGUGUCGAAGGCGCUACAACAUUAAGCUGUGGAAGACCUUCACCGACUGUUUCAACUGCCUCCCCAUCGCCGCCAUCGUGGACGAGAAGAUCUUCUGUUGCCAUGGAGGUCUGUCCCCAGACCUGCAGUCUAUGGAGCAGAUUCGGCGUAUCAUGCGGCCCACAGACGUGCCAGACCAGGGUCUGCUGUGUGACCUGCUGUGGUCCGACCCUGAUAAGGACGUGCUGGGCUGGGGCGAGAAUGACCGUGGCGUCUCCUUCACCUUCGGUGCAGAGGUGGUGGCAAAGUUCCUGCACAAGCAUGACCUGGACCUCAUCUGUAGAGCACACCAGGUGGUAGAGGAUGGUUAUGAGUUCUUUGCCAAGCGGCAGCUGGUGACACUCUUCUCGGCGCCGAACUACUGCGGCGAGUUUGACAAUGCGGGUGCCAUGAUGAGCGUGGACGAGACUCUCAUGUGCUCUUUUCAGAUCCUGAAACCAGCAGAGAAGAAGAAGCCUAACUCAAGUCGCCCGGUGACUCCACCCCGCAACAUGGUGACCAAGCAGAAGAAAUGAGGCGAUGUGGCCAGUGCCUUGGCCGCCAUUUUGGACUCGUCUUUUUUUUUUCCCGGCUGCCGCAAUAUCUGGCACAAGUGUCGCACGGACUCAGUUAAAACUGUUCAGUUUUCCUUGUUUUAGAUUUAUUAUUUUUUGGUAAUUUUUUUUCUCUUCUUUUCUCCGUUUUGUUCUUCUACAUGGCGACUGAGGAGAAGCAUGGAGUGUAGGGACAGGGCGCAUUCAUUCUGUCCAUUUUGGUUUUUUUGGGUUGUUUCUUUUUGUUUUUCAAAACUAAAAUGGAUUUUGGGGGGGUUUUAUGUGUUGUGUGGAGUUUUGUUUUUGUUUUUUAAAUGGAAGCCUUCAGUACUUUUAGGAUGCCAAUUUCAGUUUUCCCAUUUCAUUAGUCGGUGACGACUCUGCACCAGGUAACACAGGGAAGAUCUUAAGCAGGGGUGGGACUGCCCCUCCACACAGCUGCUGUGGUGCAGGCCUUUGGCUUUUUUCUUGCUCCCCAGGUACCCGUUUAAACCACUGUGAAACAAUAAGAUGUAAAACGUAUUCACUUUAAUAUGAAGCACCGCCGCUCUAGCUUUGCCUACCUUUUUGUUCAGCAAAUGUGCCAGAUCUGCGCUGUGCUUCCCAACAGCUCAUUUCCUUAUAAUGGUUUUGUCCCCCUUUUUUUUUUUUUUUUUUUUUUUUUUUUUUUUUUUUUCUUGAACGAGGACAGAGACCCCAUGAUUGUACCCUCCAUGAAUUUAUCGGUCUGUAGCAGUGUAUGAAAGGAUGUAUGCAGAGCUGUGUGUGUGCGCGCGUGCGUGUGUUUAUUGAAACGGAUUAUAUCAAGAUAUACUUCAAAAUUCAGUGCUAUCUUAGCUCUGUAGAUCUCAGUACUGUUUUGUUUUUUUAACAGGAUGCCUAUUUUUACUUUUUUCUUCUUGACCUGAGACUUCAGUCGUUUUGGCUCCAGAAGCUUUUGUAUCGGAUAUGAGCAUGUGAAUAUAUAAGUUUCUCAUGAGGACUUUUUUGUUGCAUGCAUCUAGGUGUAGCCACGUAGGGUAUAGACAGGACGUUGACUCUGCCGCAGGAUAUGCACUUUCACAGCAUGUCUCCAGAUAAUGUAGCGCAACAUCAGGUAUAUCCAUGACUUCAACUUCUGCCUUUGCAUUCUAAUCUUUCCUCCUCUUGUCAUCCAAACCCACUGUAUAUAGUUUUGUUUAGUCUUGGCAAUAACUUACAAUUUUCCACGUUAUAAAGAAUUGUAAUACUUGCUAAAUAAAUUUAAGUGGGAUGGGGAGGGUUGGGAAAAUGAUCUCCACUUUGUGUUUUAAUUAUCUAGAAACAUCUCAGGGAUGAGCCUGUUCACCCCUUCUCUUCAUCCUGCUAGUUCUCUUAUUUGAUUGUUACUUUGCUUGUGCAGCUGAAUUUGAACUGGAGUUAAGAGGCAAUUUUAACUGGGAGAACCUCUUCAUAGAUAAAGCACACCAUCUAAUGGUACUCUGUACCAUACUUGCAGGUUAAAAUGGUCAUGAGCAGGAGCAGUAAACUGUAUUUUGUGAAUUAGAGGAUGCAUCAAAUACAUUUACAUUGCUUUAUUUCUUAUAUAAACAAAUACAUUCUGUAAUACAAUAAAAAAAAUGAUUGCAAGGAUUUGAUUCAAAAAACAGAUCUGUGCAAAUCAGGUACAACUCUUAGACCCCAAUCAUAAUGGGCUCAAUGGAUUUGUACUCUUAAAACUUGGAACUGAAACAUUUGCCAUCACACGAGUAAAGUCUGUGAGAACC